AUGGGGCCAGGGUCUCGACGGGAUACUCUCGACGAUCACUUCGGUGAUUGGAACUGGAAGAAGUCGGUCGGUCUCGGUGCUACUCUUCUUCGCAAGAUGAAUGAGGCUAACGAGGAACAUCAAGCUCACGCAAGCGCUUUUGAAGAGCUCAACGAAGCCUUGGCGCCAGAAACCACUGCAGGAUGGAGAGCGUGCGUUGAGCAUUGGGAAGAAAAUCCCAAUGAUGCAUCUGUGCCCAAUCCUUUUGAAACGAAGGUUUCGACAAUCACGCAAGCUGCAGUUAGACUCAAACUUGUUGAACAAGAAUCACGUCAACUUCGGGAAGGUAACAACAUAUCGCUACAUCCAGACAUAUCGCCCAGUGUGUUUAUCGCAACGGGAAUUGACCUCGAGAGUGAACAGCGUCGUUUCAAAUCGGAUUUCGCUCUCCGAGGAGCACACCAAACAGAUAGACAGAAGACCGUUCUCGUGCGGCAGCAGAAUGCCCUCCAGCGCAAGGUGGAUGCAUGGAAGCAAGUGCAACUCCUCUACACUCCAACGGCGCAGUUGUUAGCAUCCCGAAUUGAAUCCAUCGGCAUUCUGCCACUGGCAGAAGACAUCAAGCUCUUCUUACCAUCAUCGUUGACGGCUGACUCCGUAUCCUGCAGCCCCCACCUUCACACAAUCGAAUGGGAGCUACGAAUCGCACAGGCAGGGGAUGCGCUGGACGAUAUUAGACAGAGUCUUCGACUACGCGACUACAUGUACACCUUCAAGCGGAAUUGGAUUCGUGGACAGAGUGCAAAUACCCGGGCGCAAAACGCACUUGGCCGAGUAGAGGCAAGGGCCGCAGCUUCGGCUGAGAAAUAUCGCGCUGCCCAUGCCGCAUUAUCUUCCCUUGCACCUGUUCUAAACAAGGUAGGUUGGGAUGUUAAAUUUCGCUCGCUGAACAACAGAGACGAUGUCCGUGGGAUGAUGGUGCCUAGAAAGGGGGAGAGUGAGGGAAGACGGCAGCUCUCGUGGAUUUGGUUGGUGGAAGGAGUCGGAGAUGACGAAGAUGAAGUAGUCCAGGAUGGUCUUCGGGUUGAGUGGUGCAAAGCUCGCGCCAGGAUGAUGCGCUGGAAGGAAGAGAUUGAGUUGCUGGAAGAAGAAAUGCAUCGCGUUCUCCGAUUUCUUCAAUGGCAUGCGCUCUGGUGGGACAAUGUAGCUCAUUUGCGUGCUCUCGCGGGGGCUGAAAAGGAAGGGGUAGUUGCCUAUGCCACUCGCCAGGCUCAUCUACGUCGUGACCUCAGUGCCAAGUUCGAGACUUCAUGGGCCCGAUAUCUUACUGCUCCUCCUUCACUCUGUACUACUGUCAUAGUUUAA